GAUGGGAGCCGGGGCGGUGAGAAAGGCAGAGGCGACAGGCGUGCUGCGAUCCGCAACGACGGGGCCUCGCAUACAUCGAGAGCAUGAUCGCGCAAUUGGCAAUUCUCAUCUCGGAAAGAUUCCGGUUUAUUGCUCGGCGUUGACGCAGUAGGGGUUACAAUCGGGGCCAACCGGUUUUGUGAGGUGAGUUUGUGAGUUGGGUUCUUGUGGGUGUGGUGGCGCAAUGGAGCCAGGACUAAGCGUCGUGUGGGGACUUCGCGUAUCAUGGUAUGUGGUGAUCGUUGUUGCGCUGAUUGGGUUGUUGCCCCUCGGAGCAGUGAGCGAGUUUGUGCGUGAGCUUUGUCGUCGAGGGAAGCUCAAAUCGGCGACCAGUGUUCAGAGUCCACCGAGGUUUACCGUUCCUCAGCGAUGGUUUUCUCAUUUUUAUAUUUUGGGAAUACUUGUGAACACCAUUCUGUUGGCAGUUGCCUUCUUAUUUGCGUACAUUUGUACGUUUCCACUGCAAUCGCAUGAAUCGAAAGUUUCAGCCAUGGUUUUCUCUAUGAGUGGUGCAGGCCAGACGCAUGCAGGAAUUGUAGGGGUGGAUAAUGUGCCCCAACUUGCAAAAUAUAGAGAGCGUGCUUGGAGUUCAUUUUUGUUGCUCGCAAUGUUGGAGAUCCAUUUACUCCGCAGACUAUUCGAAAGCGUGUACAUGUUUCAUUACAGCCCAUUAGCCAGAAUGCACAUACUCGGCUAUUUUGCUGGAUUAGGGUUCUACCCUGGUGCGUCCAUCACCUUUUUCACCGUACAUUUCCAAGACAAAGACUAUUUUUCUGCGCUCAAUACAUUUGUGGUUCAAACAAUCGGACGCUUCGUAAUUCUACACACGGGUCCGCCCCUGCUCAAUUUUGAACUUAGAGUGCAGGAUCAUGUCAAGAGUUUUCAGGGUUUGCAAGCGUUUCAAUGGGUAGGCUUGGCUAUAUUUUUACUUGGCUCGAUCCAGCAGUACCGAUUACAUUCUAUACUGGCUUCUCUGCGAGCGAAGAGAGUACACACAGGAGUUGAAGCAGUACUGAAGCCCUUCUCAAUGGACAAAAAAAGAGCUGAUCGAUAUGAGAUACCGCUAGGGAGUUGGUUCGAAUGGGUCUCUUGUGCUCAUUACUUGGCAGAAAUAGUGAUAUUCUUGGGAAUUUUGAUAGCCAGUGGAGGAAACAACCUCAACGUUUGGUUGUGCUUUACAUGGGUGGUGUUAAAUCUCACUUUUGCGGCUUCAGAAAUGCAUAAAUGGUAUAAAACUAAGUUCGAGGAUUAUCCUACAUGCAGAUAUGCUAUAUUUCCAUUCAUUUACUGAGCAUAAUGAACAUUCCUCUGUAGGUACUGUUUGAGAAGCAGCAGCCCUUUAGAAAUUACCACGUACAUAUGCAGGGAUUGUUUGUAGGUCAACUAAUGCUGUAAGAACUUUUUGUUCUGAGUUUUUCUAAUGUAGGAACAAUGUUUUCUUUACUUCCUACAUUAAACUCUCAAGCUGCCCACAAAACCAAAUCUGGUUUCAAACUAAACUGCGGUGCAUGUUUAACCAUCAA